GCAACUGUGCCGUCCUGCACUUCGCUCAUUAUGGAGUCUGUGCUGAAAUAUCUGGACUGGACGUCAGUGGGCUUGGCCCUGCUGGGUGGUCUGCUCUUUCUGCUUCUGCUGGAGAUCUUCAGGUGGAAUUCCUCCAGGAGCCGAAGCCCCCCUGGACCCAAACCACUGCCCUUCGUGGGUAACCUGCCCCAGUUUUCAAAAGAUCGAAUGGCCUUCAUCAAAUCGUUGCCGAAAUAUGGUGAGAUGUGCUCCAUAUACCUGGGCAGGAAGCCAAUGAUCAUACUGAACAACAUGCAGCUUGCAAAGGAAGCUUUUGUCCAGAAUGGGACCGUGUUUUCCGGAAGGCCACUUCAGCCUUUAACAAAACGGAUCAACAAAGGCUAUGGUAUUAUUGCAGCCAAUUAUGGUCACUCUUGGAGACAGCAGCGCCGCUUUGCUCUGCACACACUGCGUGACUUUGGUCUGGGAAGGAAAACUUUGGAAGAGCGUGUGGCUGAGGAGGCACAUUACCUCAUCAAGGAGAUACUCAAACAAGAAGGAAAACCUUUUCAUCCCAUCCACCAAUUUAUGAAUGCAGUUUCCAACAUAAUCUGCUCCAUCAUCUUUGGAGACCGUUUCGAUUAUGACAACAAGCGCUUUGCUAAGCUGCUACAAAUUCUAAAUGAAAUUAUUCGGUUUGUCGGAUCAUCUGCGGCACAGAUCUUCAACUUGGCCCCCAUUAUAAAAUACUUUCCAGGGCCGCAUCAGAAGGUGCAGCGUAAUGUCGAAGCCUUAAAUAAAUUUAUCCUUGAAAUUGUGGAGGAGCACAAGUUGACUCUAGAACCAGACAACCCCCGGGACUUCACUGAUGCCUAUCUGAUUGAGAUGGCCAAGCAAGAGUCAAAGGAGGACACCACAUUCCAUGUAGACAACAUGAUGUGGUCAAUCCUUGACCUGUUCUUGGCUGGGACAGAAACUACAGCGAAUACUCUCAGAUGGGGCCUCAUUUACAUGAUGGACCACCCCGAUGUGCAAGAGCGCUGUCAUGAAGAGAUCAUUCGGGUACUGGGUUUUGACCGCUCUCCGUGCAUGGAUGACCGCCCACAGCUCCCGUACACUUGUGCCACUGUUUAUGAGAUCCAGCGCUAUGCUAGCAUCGUUCCUCUUGGCCUGAUUCACAAAAACACACAACCAGCACUGCUACGAGGAUACCACCUGCCCGAGGGAUAUGAGAUGAUGGUCAACUUAAUGGCCAUCAUGACUGACAAAGAGCACUGGAAGUAUCCAGACACGUUCAACCCAGAGAACUUUCUGGAUGAAAAAGGACAGUUUUGCAAAAACGACGCCUUUCUGCCGUUCUCUCUGGGUCCGAGGGUGUGUCUGGGUGAGUCUCUAGCAAAGAUGGAGCUCUUCAUCUUCUUCACCUCUCUGCUCCAGCGGCUGAAGUUCUCGUGGCCUGCUGGAGCUUCACGCCCAAACAUGGACGGCAUUCUGAGCGUGGUUCGUUCUCCAUACCCCUUCCAUACAAUCUGCUGCAGCAGAGAGACCACCCACUGAAUCAAGUUUGCCCUUUACAUGUGAAAGGUCAACAUCACCCCAGGAGAACUCUCUCUUCUUUAACACAUCUAGUCAAUCUCAAUAAGAACACAUUAUCAAGCUCUUUCUUCACACUACAACAAAUCAGGGAUAAAUUCCAGCAGAAUAUUACACACAAUAGUUAUUUUUUAUUCACAUUUCCUAACAGGGGAUUUAAAAUGAAAAAAGGCCAAUACUGUACUUACACUGAGGUCUAAAUGUCUGAGACCACAUUCAAAAUCAGGUAAUUUUUUAUAUAAGUUUGGA